AUGGCUGGAACACAAGUACAAAUACCACAGAACCUCACUACCUUGCAACAAGUAGAAUUAGACAUGAUGGCUGAUAUGUAUGGUCGUAUGACCGAGACAUGCCGAAAGAAAUGUGUCAAGCCAGAACAUAAGGCGGGUGAACUGAAUAAAGGAGAAAGUGUAUGUUUGGAUCGAUGCAUUGUCAAAUAUUUCCAAAUGCAUGAAAAUGUCGGCAAAAAUUUAAGACUUGAUUUUAAUGCCAAAUAA